UUGUCAUUCCAUGCGUCAUUCACUCGUUCAACGUCGUGCUAUUGUUCCAUGGCGCCUUUUAUUUUUUAUAAUUAAAAUGUGUGCAUUAUAGCAUUAACUCUUAGAGAUUCUAAAUAUAAUUUCUUUUAAUCAGUUUUACAAAACGGUAGUGAUUUCAUACCAUAAUAGCCGGUAUCUGAGAACCAGCUGUUUUCUUCUGUAUAUAGGUUAUGUUAGUGAAUCCAUAUUUUUCGAUUAAAAUUAAUUUAUAAUGAGCGAGUCGGGUUUGAGUAAUAAUAGAAAAGUGGUAGCGAUACCAUGGCCAAUAGUGAAGAAGAAAGUGGAGUGUGCGGGCGCGCCGUUCCUCAGAUAUUAUAGCAUAAAAUGUCACGGCGAUGAUGCGUUGCUCAGCACGUCUAAAGCAAACGAAAAGGCCGAGGAGGUGAUCUUCGACGAUGACGUGGAGUACCUGCGGAGCUUGGACCCCAAGGAUUGGAAGAUGCAGGAUCACUACGCGGUGCUGGGCAUGAAGAACCUCCGUUACAAAGCCACUGACGACGACAUCAAGCGCGCGUACCGACAGAAAGUGUUGAAACACCACCCGGACAAGCGCAAGGCACAGGGCGAGGAGGUGAGGAGCGACGACGACUACUUCACGUGCAUCACUAAGGCCUACGAGACCCUCGGCACGCCGUCCAAACGCAGAUCUUAUGACUCCGUAGACCACACCAUAGACGACAGCAUACCCACACCGGCGGAGAUUAAAAAGGACGGAUUUUACAAAGCAUUUGCCAAUUGCUUCGAAUCAAAUGCUCGGUGGUCGGAAAAGAGAAAUGUCCCAUUCCUAGGUGAUGAAAACAGCUCCAGGGAACAUGUGGAGAGGUUCUAUGCGUUCUGGUACGAGUUUGAGUCGUGGCGUGAGUUCUCUUACCUUGACGAGGAGGAGAAGGAGAAGGGAGCAGACCGGGAGGAACGGAGAUGGAUAGAGAAGCAAAAUAAAGCCGCCCGCGCCAAGCUAAAGAAAGAGGAGAUGGCUAGGAUACGCAGCCUGGUGGAUCUCGCGUACGCUCACGAUCCCAGACUGCAACGUUUCAAGCAGGAGGACAAGGACAAAAAGUUAGCAGCAAAAAGAGCAAGACAGGAUGCAGUCCAAGCCAAGAAAGCUGAAGAAGAGCGUCUCAUUAAAGAAGCGCAGCUCGCUAAACAGAAAGCGGAGGAGGCGGAGAAGGCGCGUCUAGAGGCAGCCAGAGCAGAGCGAGAACAACAGAAGAAGAACCUCGGAAGGGAGAGCCGGAAAGCACUCAGAGACCUAUGCAAAUCCAAUAACUAUUAUGCAGAAAGUGAAGAUGAAACUGUUGCUAAUAUGGCCGCCGUUGAAAAAAUAUGUGAACUAUUAAAAGUUAAUGAACUCCAAGAUUUUAUGAAAGAUUUAGAAUCAAAUGGGAAAGAAGCAUUCCUCAGAAUAGUUAAAGAAACAGAAGACAAACUUGAAGCUGAAAGAAAAGCUAUGUUUGAGACCAAGAAAGCUGAGGAACAAAAAGCAAAGAAGGAUUCAGCUGUGAAAGCCCCUAUUGAGUGGACAGUGGAGUUAACACAAUUGCUCAUCAAAGCCGUAAAUCUAUUCCCUGCUGGUACAAAUCAAAGGUGGGAAGUGGUAGCGAAUUUCCUGAACCAGCAUGGUGUUUUCACAGAUGAAAAACGAUUCACAGCAAAAGAUGUGUUGAAUAAAGCAAAAGAUUUGCAAAGUUCAGACUUCUCCAAGAGCAAUCUGAAGAAGGCAGCAAAUGAGGAAGCUUUCGAUAUGUUUGAGAAAGAAAGAAAAAGGUCACUACACGUCGAUGACAGCGGUAUAUCAAAAAGCGAUCCCGUCAAAUUGGUUAACGGUGUUUCAAACUCAAAAGCUGCUGACGACAACAAGCCUGAGGAUAGAGCGUGGACCAAAACUGAGCAAGAGUUACUCGAGCAGGCGAUCAAGACGUUCCCAGUAAACACUCCCGAGAGAUGGGAGAAGAUUGCUGACUGCCUCCCAAACCCGCACCAAAAAGACUGCAUGAAGAGAUACAAGGAGCUCGUGGAACUGGUGAAGGCGAAGAAACAGGCGGCGAACCUCGCCAAAUAGCACCGACAAACAAUUAGAUAUGUAACAAAUUGUUAACUAAAUUACACGAUUAUACAUAAUUGACACGGUAUUAUGCCUUUAUGUAAAAUAAAAAAUGAAUUUGAAUUGUUGAGUUUUUAGCUGUUUAGAAAACACAGCUUAUCAUACACAAAUACACAUAUUUUAACCUAUUUUAUACAUGACAAUGUGAACUAAUGAAGUUUUAGAGCUAAAGCAACCAUUUUUAUGAAUUCGCGGUGUCCACACAAGAACGGUCUAACGAGGCUUGUUUGAAAAAUUUGUUAUGGGGUAUCUAUAUAGAUACCUAUUUAACGCAAUUUGGAGGUAAUAACAUUAAUAAUGGUUAUACGGCGAAACUUUAAAUCUUGCAAACUAAAAUAUUUACUCAUGAAUUUUCUUCGCGUUACAUUGGACUAAUUUCCUCAUAGGCCGUUCUUGUAUUUGGCCUUCUAUUAUAAAAUGGGUGCAGCAAAGCAUUUGUAAUAUUUUGACGUCUGUAAAAUGCGUUAGUAAAAUAUUUUUUUCAUAAAUGCAACUUUCGCUAAAAAUCGCUUGAGGACGACACAAAAGUGUUUCGUGGUUCCUGGUAAACCUGAUUUGCGCUAAGUACGCAGAACCUACUACAACACUAGUCAUGGUCGGUGCCUCCAAUAUAAAAAACAAGGUCUACAAUGAUAAUCAACUCAAAAUAACAAGGCCAAAAAGGUCCCCGAUUUGUCCAUCAUUGAAUUUUUUUCACAAUAGUCAUUGAAGUCACCCCAUGACGAAUGUCAUCCCGUCGAUUCUCUACCAGUCAGAAAUCCAUCUAUACGAUUAGAUUACAAAUGCUUUGAUGCCAUAAACCCGUAUUGCCUUACUAAUAAACAUUUUAGACGUCUGUGAUAGUUCUAUUUUUGCUCGUAGACAUACGGCCGAUUCCAAUAAACUAUCCCAACAGCUAAUUAGGCGUUAAUGUUAAGAAAAAAUCAAUAAUUCAUCUGUAAGCAUGUCAAACUAUCCUGAUUGGUCAAUUCGCUAUACCGUUUAUAGGAAUCAGUCAAUAAAUAUAAGAUUAUUUGAGCAGAAAAUUGUGAGAGAUAAACCUAUCGUGCCGCCCCUAGAUUUACACAUCUACAAACCUACAGAAUAGAAGUCAAUGGCCGCACAGUCGCUUUGUCUCUUUCUACGGAGUGAUCAUUAUGUGGUAUAGUUCAGUCCACUUUGUCUAUGGUUUUUUAUAGAGCGAUUAGUAAAGUCCUGGUUUUGUUUGUCUCCUAGUGAAUAUCCUAUCUCAUUUAUACGUAUGUAUGUCCAUCCGUAAGAACCACGUAAACUGUACAUCUUGUGUCAUAUUUUUAUAUUUAUUUUUGGUUAAAGAUGAACAUAGUCAAUUUAAAAUGAA